AGAGCCAGGCCCCUCCCCCACCUCCUGAGCCCAAAACCGGGUUGUGCCCGUGACUGACAGGCAAGGCUCCGCCCUACUCCCCGCCCAUUUAGCGCCUCCUGACUGCCGAAUGGCGGGCUCGCCUUGGUCUCCGUGCUGAUUGGCUGGCAGCUGUACAGCCUGUCACUUCGCCCUCCACCACAUCUCACCUCCUGAGGGACUCUGAGAGGACGCCCGGCCAGGGUGAACACCGCGGCAGGAGAGCACGGGAGACUGUGAAGAGCAUGGGGAGCCUUUGUCGUGCAGCGUGAAACCCUUGAGCCUUUGGCCUAGGAGCUGGGAGACUCAGGGCCCUUCUCACACUCAGAAUUGGAGCAGGGCCUUGGAGACAGUCCCAGCACCAUGAGCCCUGAAAGGUCCCAAGAGGAGAGCCCAGAAGAAGACACAGAGAGAACAGAGCGGAAGCCCAUGGUCAAAGAUGCCUUCAAAGACAUUUCCAUAUACUUCACCAAGGAAGAAUGGGCAGAGAUGGGAGACUGGGAGAAAACUCGCUAUAGGAAUGUGAAAAGGAACUAUAAUGCACUGAUUACUAUAGGUCUCAGAGCCACUCGACCAGCUUUCAUGUGUCACCGAAGGCAGGCCAUCAAACUCCAGGUGGAUGACACAGAAGAUUCUGAUGAAGAAUGGACCCCUAGGCAGCAAGUCAAACCUCCUUGUAUGGCCUUAAGAGUGGAACAGCGUAAACACCAGAAGGGAAUGCCCAAGGUGUCAUUCAGUAAUGAAUCUAGUUUGAAAGAAUUGUCAAGAACAGCAAAUUUACUGAAUGCAAGUGGCUCAGAGCAGGCUCAGAAACCAGUGUCCCCUCCUGGAGAAGCAAGUACCUCUGGACAGCACUCAAGGCUAAAACUGGAACUCAGGAAGAAGGAGACUGAAGGAAAAAUGUAUAGCCUGAGAGAAAGAAAGGGUCACGCAUACAAAGAGGUCAGCGAGCCGCAGGAUGAUGAUUACCUCUAUUGUGAGAUGUGUCAGAACUUCUUCAUUGACAGCUGUGCUGCCCAUGGGCCCCCUAUAUUUGUAAAGGACAGUGCAGUGGACAAGGGGCACCCCAACCGUUCAGCCCUCAGUCUGCCCCCAGGGCUGAGAAUUGGGCCAUCAGGCAUCCCUCAGGCUGGACUUGGAGUGUGGAAUGAGGCAUCUGAUCUGCCGCUGGGUCUGCACUUUGGCCCCUAUAAGGGCCGAAUUACAGAAGACGAAGAGGCAGCCAACAAUGGAUACUCCUGGCUGAUCACCAAGGGGAGAAACUGCUAUGAGUAUGUGGACGGAAAAGAUAAAUCCUGGGCCAACUGGAUGAGGUAUGUGAACUGUGCCCGGGAUGAUGAAGAGCAGAACCUGGUGGCCUUCCAGUACCACAGGCAGAUCUUCUAUAGAACCUGCAGAGUCAUUAGACCAGGCUGUGAACUGCUGGUCUGGUAUGGGGAUGAAUACGGCCAGGAACUGGGCAUCAAGUGGGGCAGCAAGUGGAAGAAAGAGCUCAUGGCAGGGAGAGAACCAAAGCCAGAGAUCCAUCCAUGUCCCUCAUGCUGUCUGGCCUUUUCAAGUCAGAAAUUUCUCAGUCAACAUGUAGAACGCAAUCACUCCUCUCAGAACUUCCCAGGACCAUCUGCAAGAACACUCCUCCAACCAGAGAAUCCCUGCCCAGGGGAUCAGAAUCAGGAGCAGCAAUAUCCUGAUCCACGCAGCCGUAAUGACAAAACCAAAGGUCAAGAGAUCAAAGAAAGGUCCAAACUCUUGAAUAAAAGGACAUGGCAGAGGGAGAUUUCAAGGGCCUUUUCUAGCCCACCCAAAGGACAAAUGGGGAGCUGUAGAGUGGGAAAAAGAAUAAUGGAAGAAGAGUCCAGAACAGGCCAGAAAGUGAAUCCAGGGAACACAGGCAAAUUAUUUGUGGGGGUAGGAAUCUCAAGAAUUGCAAAAGUCAAGUAUGGAGAGUGUGGGCAAGGUUUCAGUGUUAAAUCAGAUGUUAUUACACACCAAAGGACACAUACAGGGGAGAAGCCGUAUGUCUGCAGGGAGUGUGGGCGGGGCUUUAGCGUUAAGUCACACCUCCUCAGACACCAGAGGACACACACAGGGGAGAAGCCCUACCUCUGCAGGGAGUGUGGGCGGGGCUUUAGCGUUAAGUCAAGCCUCCUCAUUCACCAGAGGACACACACAGGGGAGAAGCCCUAUGUCUGCAGGGAGUGUGGGCGGGGCUUUAGCGUUAAGUCACACCUCCUCAGACACCAGAGGACACACACAGGGGAGAAGCCCUAUGUCUGCAGGGAGUGUGGGCGGGGCUUUAGCCAGCAGUCACACCUCCUCAGUCACCAGAGGACACACACAGGGGAGAAGCCCUAUGUCUGCAGGGAGUGUGGGCGGGGCUUUAGCCAGCAGUCACACCUCCUCAUUCACCAGAGGACACACACAGGGGAGAAGCCCUAUGUCUGCAGGGAGUGUGGGCGGGGCUUUAGCCAGCAGUCACACCUCCUCAUUCACCAUAGGACGCACACAGGGGAGAAGCCCUAUGUCUGCAGGGAGUGUGGGCGGGGCUUUAGCCAGCAGUCACACCUCCUCAGUCACCAGAGGACACACACAGGGGAGAAGCCCUAGGUCUGCAGGGAGGAUGAGUAAGUCAUUAGUAAUAAAACCUCAUCUCAAUAGCCACAAGAAGACAAAUGUGGUCACCACACACUUGCACACCCCAGCUGUGAGGUGGCUUCAGCGGAAGUCUGCUGACCCCUUAUAUUCCCCGAGAGUAUAAAGAGAUCGGAAAUAACUAAUUAAACAAAUCCGCCACUUUCAUGACUAGAGAUGAGGAAGAACAGGGGAUAGUUCUCUAAGUGUUCGGGGGACAUCAGCAUGUGUGGUUCUUUCCCGCACUGAUCCCCUCCAGUUUUUGUUUGUUUUUUGCUCCUGUUCUAAUAAAUUUUGUCUCCAUACAAAUCUGAA